AGAGCAAGGAUAGGAAUAAAACCAGGAGAUAGAGGCCUCCUUCUCAACUUCUUGCCACUGGCUUAGAAUGGAGCUACCUGUGUACUUUGGCUGGAAGAACCUCUGACAAGUUAAAGGAAGGAAGGAAGGAAGGAAGGAAGGAAGGAAGGAAGGAAGGAAGGAAGGAAGGAAGAUAGAAAGAAAGAAAGGAAGGAAGGAAGAAAGGAAGGAAGGAAGGAAGGAAGGAAGGAAGGAAGGAAGGAAGGAAGGAAGAAAGAAAGAAAGAAAGAAAGAAAGAAAGAAAGAAAGAAAGAAAGAAAAGAAGGAAGGAAGGAAGGAAGAAAGAAAAGCAAGGAAAUUAGGAACCUCCUUGGAACAGUUGAUGGCAGUGUCUUGACCCAAAAGCAGACUGAAUGAGAUGAAGAAAGUAAGGGUCUACAAAGAUAUUGGAGGAAGACUUUCAUUCAAGUCUGAAGAAGCAGAAAUUUGGUGUCUGAGGUUACCACAUUCCUCAGAGAAAGGGGCUCCAAGAAGAAAGAACAACUGAAAGAAGAAAGAUGAAAAUGUAUCUGUCCUCUAAUACCGGGGGAGAGUUUAGUAGUAGGAUUCCAACAAAGGAUGAAUGUCAACAAAAACACCGAGUCUCCAUUAAUUUUUGGAGGAAAAUAUAAACUGGUGCGGAAGAUCGGGAAUGGCUCCUUCGGAGACAUCUUCCUGGCCGUCAACAUCAACAAUGGCGAGGAAGUGGCUGUGAAGCUUGAAUCACAGACAUCCAAGCAUCCUCAACUGUUCUUCGAAGCCAAACUUUAUAAGAUUCUUCAAGGGGGGUCGGGCAUUGCCCACAUAAGAUGGUAUGGUAGGGAAAAGGGUCACAAUGUACUAGUCAUGGACCUACUGGGACCCAGUCUUGAAGAAUUGUUUAAUAUAUGCUCCAGAAAGUUCACAAUGAAAACAGUACUUAUGUUAGCUGACCAGAUGAUCACUAGAAUCCAAUACGUGCAUACAAAGAAUUUUAUACAUAGAGAUAUUAAACCAGAUAACUUCCUUAUUGGCACUGGUCGUCACUGUAACAAGUUAUUCAUUAUUGACUUUGGUUUAGCCAAAAAGUACCGGGACAGUAAAACAAAGGAACAUAUACCAUACCGAAAAGACAAAAAUCUCACUGGCACUGCCCGUUAUGCCAGCAUCAAUGCCCACCUUGGCAUUGAGCAGAGUCGAGGGGAUGAUAUGGAAUCUCUAGGCUAUGUAUUAAUGUACUUUAACAGGACCAGCCUGCCCUGGCAAGGACUAAAAGCUGCAACAAGGAAGCAGAAGUAUGAAAAGAUCAUAGAAAAAAAGAUGUCCACUCCUGUGGAUACUUUAUGUAGCGGAUUUCCUCCUGAAUUUGCAACAUAUCUAACCUAUUGUAGGGGACUUCACUUUGAGGAAGCCCCAGAUUAUUUUUAUCUAAGACAGCUAUUUCGGACUCUUUUCAAGUCUCUGAACUACCAAUAUGACUACAUAUAUGACUGGAUAUUACUGAAGCAGAAAGAGACUCCGGAAACAGCCUCUUCCAGUCUUCAAAAUCCUCAGCCACAGAGUUCCACAGUUUGCCAAGCAGCAAGAGGAGCAGAUUAAGAAGAAGAGAUGAGAGCAGGCCUUAUUACAUACCAAACAUAGACAUUUUAGUUCCUAUGCAUACACUUGCCAUUGGUUGUGGGCAACCAUUUGCUGGGUGUAAAGAACUUAUUUUUAGUAUAAGCUGGCUCUUGGUGGCAAUAGUAAUGCUGCAUCCUGAGUUGUCUCUAUUGUGACUGGGAAUAUUAAUGGCAAUAGUAAAACAGUGUUCAGCUUUUUGAUUGAUUUUUUUUCAAGAUGGAAAAGGUAACUAAAUGGUUGUCAUACAAGUGCUAGCUCUGAAGAAAAUGCGCAUAUGCUGAUUUUUGUUUCCUUUCUUUUUGAACUCAGCUGCUUUGAGAUUUUACUUCAGAAGAGAGACAUGAACAUCUUUAGCCACAGUUGUGAAAACUGUCAAUGCUCAAAAUGGGGCAUUCUUGGCUUAUUCCUUCUUGGGGUCUGCAAGCUAUAAACAUAAAUAUUCUUAACCUUUUGGAGGCUUUUAUGUGUAAUCCCAGAUUCCACUUUUUAAGUAUGAAAAAGACUCUGUCUGCUUAUUAUUAUAGAAAUAACAGCAACUAAAGGGAAGAUUUAAGAAAAACUGGGUUUCCUUAGGAUUCUGCAUUAACUAAAGUUCUUGGUAUUAAAAACAAGAGCAUAUUUGUUUAGAAAUUGUAGCUAGGAUCUUACUAAUAAACUCAUAUACAAU